AUGCCAAGAUUCUGUUGCCCUUAUUGUUCAUAUUGCACGAGACACUCGUCGAACGUUAGAUCUCAUAUACGUAGAAUGCAUCAUAACCAAAGAGUGUACGUCGUGGAUAUUAUCGACAAUCAAUCCAAGAACGACACACGUUUCGUUCCAGAUAUUACUGGCCCGUUCACCGUUUACGGGGUCAACGUUGGUAUCGGAGACGGCCAAGGCCAAAACUAUGGCAAACUAUGGUCCCGAACAUCGAGUCAAACCGAUAUAGACAAUAACUAUAAGAAGAAGUUCCCGUGUCCGAACUGUGCCUGUGCCUACAGCCAGAAAUACUCGCUGAACCGACAUCUGACCUACGAGUGCGGCCAAGAGCCGAGGUUCAAGUGUCCACAUUGCGAAUAUCGGUGCAAGAAGUCGGCCAACGUCUACGAGCACGUGAGAAGAAGGCACAAGAAUUGUCAGGUGUACGCGAUCGACGUUCUCAAGGCCACAGAGCAUCACAUUUAA